AAGACAAAACCCACAUUUGUGUUCAUUCAAUUAUUUACUUUUCCUUCACGUUUCCCUUUCUCUUUCUCUUUCUCUUUCCCAUUGUUUUGUUUUUGGGGGGGUUUUUGCUUCUUUUAUUUUCGCUUUGUUCUUUCUGUAGUCUUCUACUGCCGCUUAAAGCGCUCUCUCUCUCUCUCUCUCUACCUGUGCUUUCUUUCUGCUUUCUCUCUCUUUUUAACCUUUGUUUCUGGCGGAUAAACCGGGGUCUUUGCAGAUCCAGGGGAAAAAAAUCCCAACUUCUGUGCAACUCAGUUAGUAAUGUUAAUUAGGACAAAAUGAUGGGAUGUUCUUGGUUUUUCCCGUCUGAUCUGUAUUUCUGAGCAUAAGACCUCCUUCGGGUUUCGUACUUAGUUAUGCUUUAUCUGGAAAGGAAGCAGGGAUUAGAUGGGGGAGAAUAUUGAUUUCAGACGCUGGGAUGAAUUGAUACCGGAUGCCUUAGGGAUGAUUUUCAAGAAUCUUCCGCUCCAGGAAAUACUUACUGUUGUUCCGAGGGUCUGCAAGUCGUGGCGGAAAGCGGUUGCUGGACCGUACUGCUGGCAGGACAUUGACAUUGAACAAUGGAGCCAACAAUGCCGGCCUGAAACCCUUGAUCGAAUGCUUCAAAUGCUGAUAACUAGAAGCUCAGGUUCACUCCGAAAGCUUUGUGUUACUGGUCUCGCUAAUGACCAGAGCUUUUCACUCAUUGCAGAUAAUGCCAAAUCCCUUCAGACUUUACGGCUGCCAAGAAGUGAAAUAAGUGAUUCGAUAGUGGAACAGGUUGCUGGGAGGCUUUUUUCGGUGACUUUCUUGGAUGUUAGUUACUGCAGGAACAUCGGGGCUCCAGCCCUUGAAGCAAUUGGUAAGAACUGUAAGUUACUAAUGGGGUUGAGGAGAACAAUGCACCCAUUAGAGGUAAUUGACAAGCUGUCUCAAGACGAUGAGGCCUUUGCCAUUGCUACAACAAUGCCGAAGCUCAAGCAACUUGAGGUGGCAUACCUACUUAUUAGCACCGAAGCUGUGCUUAAGAUACUCGAAAAUUGCCCUGAGCUUGAAUUAUUGGAUGUGCGAGGAUGUUGGAACGUGAAGCUGGAUGAAAAUUAUAUCAAGAAAUUCACACGACUGAAAGUGGUCGGACCUCUUGUUGUCGAUUAUUUUGGGAUGAAAGGCUGCGAUGACUGUUCAAAUUAUUCAGGUUCCUCCGGUUACUUGGCCUGGGACUUCAUUGCCGGAAAUGUCGGUUCUGAUUACGAUGACGAAAUAUCAGAUGGGGAUUGGGAAGAUGACCAAAGCAUGGAAGAUGUCGAAAUGAGGUUCUACGAUGGAUUUGAUUUAGACAAUGCUGCCUUUGAUUGGCCCCUCUCUCCCUAAGGAUUUUUCCCAUCUUAUUUUCAUAACUGGCUUUGACAAUCUCUGUCGAUGCUUUUCCACCAUUAUUGAGUACCUCUUAGCUGCCACUUUGUUAUGUAUAAACAAAGCUUUUCCAUGAGUGUUUGUAAUAAAAAACCAGUAACAUGUAGCCAAAAAAGAAGAAGCUUUCUUUUAUAUAUAUUUUUAUGGUCCGGUAGUGCCCUUGCAAUAA